AUGCAGGCCGACGCGCUAGCCAGAUCAGCCUCCGUUCGUAGCUCGGCAUUGGCUCCAGCAACUGAGUCCAUAACAGUACUGACAGUGACGACUCACAAGGUCACCAAAACUGAUGUACCAUCAAGCUGGAUAGAGCAGAUCCUCCGCUUCAAGAAGGAUGGAAAGGAGCCCGACAACCCCAUGGCUGCAAGACGGUUAAGGAUCCCAAAGGCUAUUAUCACCGACAACGGAGCUCAAUUCAACAAUGCUAAAUUCAAGGCCUAUUGCCAGUCAUAUGGGAUCCAAUUGAGGUUUAGCUCGGUCGUGCACCCCCAAACCAACGGUCAGAUCGAAGUAAUGAAUCAGGCAAUUCUGGAAGGCCUUAAGAGGAGGAUCUCAAGCACGCAUGAAGCCUGGGUGGAUGAGCUCCCCAACGUCUUGUGGGAAAUGUGA